AUGGCGGCGCCUUCAGCCCCGCGCGCUCAUCGCCCCGCCCCUUCCGAAAGCGCUCGCCGGCCUCACUUCCGGGACUCCGGCCGGAAGCGCGUGGGGGCGCGACGGCGGGAGAUGUUUCCCGCGCCCGGCGCGCGCGGGCGUUCCGGGGCGGUCCCGCCGCGCGGCCUACUUCCGGUGCGGAGCCUGCGGGGCCGCGUUGGGGCCCCGAGCGGCCCCCGGGGCCAUGGCGGGCAGGGCGCAGGGCCCCGCGAGUGACACGACGGCUGUGUGGCAGGAGCCGGUGACCUUCGAGGACGUCGCCGUGUACCUGAGCCACGCGGAGUGGGACGCCAUGGCGCCGGAGCAGAGGGAGCUGUACUGCAGCGUCAUGCUGGACAACUACCAACUGCUGGCGUCCCUGGGUUACCCAGGCCCCAAACCCGACAUCGUGUACCGGCUGGAGCGCGGGGAGGAGCCCUGGGGCUGCGCUCCGCAGAGCCCGCUGAGCUGGGAUGGACCCCGCAGCCCCUCUCCAGGACGCGCUGGGGACAUGAGCUGGCUGGAGGAGCCGCGCUCAGGCUGGUGGCCUGGGGCUGGUGGGCGCCGUGUGCUGGAGAAGAGGGCACGGAGCCCCAGCCCAGGACGGUGCACGCAGUGGCGUCUCCGCUCCAGGAGGCUGCUGAGGAAGUUCACGUGUCUCAAUGGCAAAAGCGAGUCGCCGUCGGAAGCGACUGGCAGCGGAAUGGCGCCAGAGGGACACGGAGACCAGGCACGGACAGGCUGUCCUGGAAAGGAAGGAGGAGCAGAGGAUGAACGAGAGGUCACAGCAAACGUAGCCCAAUGCGGAGGAUUCCCACUUGAUCCGGUGCUGGAGCAGCAGAAGAACAAGACGGAUCCUCCAGAGUGUCUGCGUGCUGCCCCUGGGGAGACUCUUCAAGGGGGUGCCCAUAGAACUCAACAGAGCUCAGCAGAGGUGACGCUUCCCCAGGAAGGUCAGGAAGUGUCUGUUGGGGAUCAGAGGGACACGAUUUGGAAAGACCACGGUUACUGUGGGGUGGGUGAGAUGAGGCCCUUGCCCUGCACCCUGAACCCGUGUCCCCUGAGAGAACACGACUACUGCUGGAACCGCGAGGCCGGUGCGCUGGCGCUUGCGGACCACGGAUACUGCCGAGCGACAAAGCUUCGUUACCGGGGCAGAGUUAACAACAUUGCUCAUUGUCUCGGAACCGCUCGGGCCACGUUCCACAGGCAAAAAUCCCAAGUUGGGCAAAUCAUCAGGAAAGCAAAGGAGUUUAUAUGGCUUUACAAACCUUGGGUCCGCACCAGGGUGGAGGUUCCUCCAGGCUCCUCUGGCGCCGUCUCUGGGCCCCAAGUCCCUCCUGCCCCGGCAGCUAACGCCCUCUCGAUGGGAACAUCUGGGGAGUUUUGUGCCGCAGAGCAGGAGAUUGUGUCCCACUGGCCCUGCAGUGAGGGCACGUCCCAGGAGAGGACAUCAGAAGUAAUUUGCACAUCUGUGGAGUCUUCUGAACCUGUGGCUGCUCCCCCAACCUCAAGUGCAGCCAUGGAGGAGCCGAGGGAAGCGCCGCCCCCUGAGGCGUGUGAGCACCCCGAGGUGCCGGGCAUGCAGCCAAUCCACAGCCCCGACGCUGCGCAAAAUGUUGAAGGGCACAAACCUGUUCAUCCCGAUUACAUGUCGCUGAGUGACACAUACAAAAUAACGGUGCAGACAGUCAACCACGCGCAGGGCUCCGCGCGCCAGAACCGGGAGCGUGGCGGCCACCCUUGGCGUAAGGGUUUCCAUUCCGUCGUCGUUCAAACGGUUGAGACCUUCUUCACCACAGCAAAACCCGCUGGAGCGGUUUGAGAGAAGAAAACGCUGCGAGAGGCACAUGGAGGUGGAUUAAUGGGUGUAGAACUCGGUCUGUGGCACAUGCUGGGGAGACUGAGAUUGUCUGGGAGGCUUCGGGCCACGGAAAGGGGAAGGACAGGUGUGGGUAAAAGGGAGAACUGUGGGAAGGCGGAGCGGAGCGGCAGGACGGGCAGCUGCGUGCACGUGGUGGCCGCUCUGUGUGUUUUCUGGCUGGGCUGUGCCUGGUCGCUGUGUCUUUCCUGUCUCAUUGAAGGAUUUUAAAUUGU